CAGGCCGCUAUGGAUGCAAAUAUCUGCAAGCCAGAGUCGCUAUGUCGCGUAUGUGGAGAUAAGGCUUCAGGAAAACACUAUGGCGUCCCAUCCUGUGAUGGGUGUAGAGGUUUCUUCAAAAGAAGUAUAAGACGGAAUUUAGAUUACGUAUGUAAAGAAAAUGGUCGCUGUGUUGUCGACGUUACCAGAAGAAACCAAUGCCAAGCCUGCCGAUUCUCCAAAUGUCUACGCGUGAACAUGAAGAAAGACGCGGUACAGCAUGAGCGUGCACCUCGACCAGCCGUCGCAGCACAGCAUCAUCUGGCUCUGCAGAAAUUAGGCUACAAUUUCACACGUCAACAACCUUUCUUUCCACCCGCCGCCCCUCUUACCUUCUCUACUUUCCCAUCUCUGCACACAUACAAUGGUCUUACAAACACACCCGACUCGCUGCCGAGUGUACACAACUCGUUUCUAGACGGUUCCUCCUUUCAAGACUUUUCCAACUCGAGACUUCCCGAGUCUGCGGAAAUAACACAACUCAACCCACUGCUUAGCCCUCAAGUUGGCCCAUUGACUACCCUCAACCCUUUCAAAAUUCCUCUAUUUUCUACUGCAUUGCAUUAUCCCGUACCACACCCGGGAUGUUUUCCGACCAAUAUGUUUUACCCUCCUGUUAUAUCAACAGAUAACUCCACAACCUCGGUUGAACAUGUUAGAGAGAAAUCGGUUGACAGAAAUCUAAAGUCACCAAAAUUCCAUUCAUCGCUCCAUAGUCAGAAGCCUGUCUCAAAGGAAGUUGAAAGAAUGAAAGAAGAUGAAGUCUCUAGUUCUGAGGAGGCAUUCAAGAUGGAUGGAUCAACAGAGGAUUCUGGCAGACAAGAUUUCAGAAGAAAAUUAUUACAUUUGACAGGCAAUUUUGAGCCACCAGUACACGUCGUAACCAAAGGUUCGGAAAUAUAUGUGCAGACACUGGAUUGCGAAGCAAAUGACAAAGAUAACUUAACAUUAGAGCCACAAAAAAUAGUUCGUUUAGCUGAGAGUACAAAGAGGAGCCUAGAUGAAUUACAUGUUGGAAAACAAACAAAACCUAUUCGCGAUACAUGGAACAUACCUGGUGAAGAAAUUUACGAUCCAGUCGCAAAACUCUUAGUAACAUCGAUAAAAUGGCUGCAUAGUGUCACAUCUUUCAUUCAAUUAAAAAGCAUAGAACAAGCAAAUUUACUACAUUGCAACUGGAGAGAACUUUUUUUACUAACUGCAUCUCAAUACUCUUUCUCCUUUGAAGAAGGUCAAAUAUCGGCACAAACAAGUUCUAAUCGCCCCAAUAUUAAACAAGAACUCACAAAACUAAUGUUUCUCUUGGAAAGAAUAUCUCACUGUAAAUUAGACAAAACGGAGUACGACUGUUUGAAAUCAGCUUUGUUAUUCCGAACAGAUUCAGCCGAUAAUUUCUCUUCACAAAUCGAAAUCAUUCAAGAUCAAACACUGAUGCUCCUACAGAAGCAUUCCGCCACCAAAGAUACAACGCGACUGGGACGAAUUAUGCUGCUUUUGCCUAGCGUUUGCUCGUUCGCAAACAAGGGUCUUCUUGAAUAUUUACUUUUUCCAUCUUCGUCUAACGAGGAAAUAAAAUUAACUCUUUCACGAAUAUUACUCUAUACAUCAAUGUAAAAAUAUUUACUUAUAGGUAUUACUAUAACUAUUAUAUAAUUUCUGGUUUUUAAGGUUGGUGCAAUAUUCAAGGCCUUUGUAUAGCACAGGACACUUUGCUCAGAAGAGCGCAUAAAUAAAUGUAAUCAUGUGGACAAGAUUUUGUGAAUAAAAAAAUCUCUUAUAUAUUUAUCUUUACUGAUUGAUCAAUGUUCAAGUGGGUGCCGACGAUAAUUUUCUUACUUUACGGCGACUACUUACCACAGCCAGACAAUGUGCUAAAUAUACCUCUUAUGAAAUAA